AUGUUGAUCUUUACGCAAAUAUUCCAGAAACUCUUUGCUGUGCUGGGACAUUGGGCAAAAGUCGCAUCGUUGCUACUCUUGCGCCUUCGUCCCAAAGCCUCCAGCACCGAUAAUAUUGAGCAACAAGACGACAUCAAGCGGAAUCCAACCCCCCCGCCUCCCUCUCUCGAAUAUAUACCUGUAUACGGUGAAUGGGAACGAAAACACUUCCCCCACUGGCCCGAAGCCAGAUUCCAGAUACCCGCUAUAAAGGAGCAUGCUGGGCAGGUCUACUACCUCCGCAAGGGAGACUUGGUCGGUUGGGGAACCACUGCGCUGGUAGAACGACUGCCCUCGGGCGAUGCAAUUGUCAAGACGCCUCUACAAAACCCUCUGAGCCCGACCGAAGAACGUAUGAACCGCGAGGCCGUGGCUCGCGAAGCCGAGGUCUAUCAGCGCCUAAGAAGUGGCGACAGGGAUGACAUGCGCACAGUUCCGAAAUUCCUAGGCUGGGAUGCCCAGUCCUGCACUCUGACCCUUGAAUAUCAGCCCAACGGAGACCUGGCUACCUACGUUAGGGACAAUGACGCCGCGAGCGGCUUGGAUCUUGAAACUCGUGGAAAGUGGGCGACCCAGGCAGCUCGAGCGCUGGCGAGCCUUCACGAUGAACAAGUAAUCCACGCCGACGUCGCCCCCCGGAAUUUUCUUUUGAAUAAAAGUUUAGAUUUGUGCAUCUGCGAUUUUGCUGGGAGUAUCUUUCCGGGAAGUUCUAUAGAAACAGGCGCUCCGGGGCCGAGGUAUCAGGCAGGACGUUGGGGGAGGGGCUAUGUACCGACCAAGGCUGACGACCUUUUCGCGCUUGGAUCGGUACUGUACUUCAUUAUGACCGGCAAUGAGCCCUAUGCGGAUCUAACGGAUGUUGAGGUUGGACGUCGCUUCCAAGCAGCCGAGUUUCCAGAGACGGGCUCCGUCCAAUGCGGUAGUGUUAUAGAUGACUGUUGGCACGGUAGGCUCACUACUGCCCAAGCUGUGGUGCAAGCUUUGAAUGGGAAUAGUGCAGAAAGCGGCUCAUAG